CCCGGCUGUGCCUUGGGCCGCCGACGGUCCCUCCUAGCUCCUGUGGCGCCUAGCCCUGGAAAUUGUAAAUCCAGGCCCUUGGCACGGAUGCGCGGUGGAAGGAGGUUUCCACAGCGAGUUGUGCCUGAGCCUUGCAGGGACAAGAGUAGGCUCAGGGGAGAGCUUAUCACUCUCGACAAGUACCCGAAAGGAGGUUGUAGCCAGGCGGGGGUCGGCCUCUUCUCCCAGGCAGCUAGAGACAUGAUGAGAGGAUGUAGUCUUAAACUGAAAGUUUAGGUUGAACAUUAGCAGGAGUUUGUUCAGAAAAAGGGUGAUUAGACAUUGGAAUGGACUGCCCAGACAGGUAGUGGAGUCGCCAUCCCUGGAGGUGUUUAAGGAAAGACUGUCUGUGGCAUUUGGUGCCCUGUUCUGGUUGACAUGGUGUUCAGUCAUAGCUUAGACUCAAUCUCAGAGGUCUUCUCCCACCUGUGAUUUUGCAAUUCUACGGAUAGCAGUGAAUUUUGGGCCUAGCUCCAGAUCAGGUUCAGUCAAACCCUGCCAUCCUGGGCUGUCUGGAGUGUUUGGUCCACCAUGCAUGCCAAGGUUGUGAUGCUCAAAGUAGUCACAGGUGACUUGGGCAUUGAUGCAGUGCCUGGGAAAGACAGGGCUGCUGCUGCUCAGGAUGCUGUCCUGCUGCUGGAGGGGAGUGACAGGGUGUUCACAGGCGCUUUGGCCUUUGGUGCUUCGGCACACAAAGAAGCAGCAAUAGCAAGGGGGUAGCAGGUCAGCGACAAGCUGUUCAGGCACACCAGGAGCCUGGGCAGACCAGGCAUGGGGCAGCAGGGACCUGUGAUAAGUGAGGUACAAGAGCAGUAUGGGUUUAGGAUGGAGGGCUGGCAGCCAAGGAGUGGCUGGAUGAUCACUUGUGCCCCUUGGGGUGCCACAUGCACUGACUGGCUGUGUGGAGAAGUGUACACAGCGUCUGUCCAUCCUGCCUAAAUCUUAUUAACACUGUUGAGAACUUCACUUUCAUAAGGUCUAAAAAUUCUCUGCAUUUUAAAGAGAGCAGAAGUACUGUCUGGAGUGUAUGGGCUCUUCUUUCCUGGAAUGUAAAGAAAACCUCGGCUGUGCAGCUGGAGUGCAGGGGGCUUCAUUCCUUAGUGAAAGCAGAGAAGGGAAAUGCAGAUGUCACAGCUGGGACAGGAGAUUUAUCUUGGCAAGCAAAGAGGAAAAAAUUUUCAAAAAGAAAAGAGAAAACUCAGAAGAAUUCCCUCCCCAUCUUCACUGCUUGCCAGCACGAGCAGAACCUCCAACCUGCAAAGGCCUUUCGUCUCCUGGGUCUGGGCUACCGCCCAGCUGGAUUUAGCCCCUCGCUGCCUUCUCUUUGGAGCGAGACCGUUGUGGUGGGAUGAGAGAGGCUGUGAGAACCAGGCUGAUCUUGAAGGAAGACUAUGUCCAAACAACUCAGCUGGAGGUGGGAAGGGGAAAGUCACAGUCAAAGAAAGGAGGCAUGAAAGGGAAAAGGAGGGACAGAUGCAGCCAGGAUGAGUAUAGAGACGUGGAUCCAGGGGGAGGAAGUCAUCACCUCCUCAGCCGUGCAUGGUGCCACUGGGCUACAAGAAUGCUACCUUAAGCAUUUCUCAGAGAACCUGGAUCACCUCUCUGACAACAUGGAGGAUUUCUCCAAUGACCUUUUCAGCAGUUUCUUCGAUGACCCAGUGCUGGCUGAGAAGAACCCUCUGCUGGACAUGGACCUGGAUCCACCCACUCCAGGCAUCCAGGCAGAGCACAGCUAUUCCCUCAGUGGAGACUCUGCUCCCCAGAGCCCCCUUGUGCCUGUCAAGACUGAAGAUAAUGCUAAUGAGCUGGAGAAUGGAGUGUGGUCACUGGGGCCCAAGCUCUGCUCCAUCAUGGUGAAACAGGAACAGAACCUGCCUCUAGACCUGCCUGAGUCCCAGCUACCUGCCAGCUCCAUACCAGUGCUGAACCUCAACCCUCUGCAGAGACUGCCACUCCCUGAGGAGAUUCCUAUAGAAAUGGCUCCAGCAGCUGUGAUCAAAGCUGAACCCAAAGAGGUGAACCAGUUUCUAAAUGUACCUACAGUAGAUGACCUGGUGCAGAUGCCUCCAACUCCACCCAGCAGCCAUGGCAGUGACAGUGAUGGAUCUCAGAGCCCUCGGUCCCUGCCUCCCUCCAGCCCAGCCCGGCCUGCUGCUCGCUCUUCUACUGCCAUCUCCUCCUCACCUCUCCUCACAGCACCACAUAAGUUACAAGGAACCUCUGGUCCACUGCUCUUGACUGAAGAGGAGAAGCGCACCUUGAUUGCAGAGGGUUACCCCAUUCCUACUAAGCUGCCCCUCACCAAAGCAGAGGAGAAAGCACUGAAGAGGGUCAGGAGGAAAAUCAAGAACAAGAUCUCUGCUCAGGAGAGCCGCAGGAAGAAGAAAGAGUAUGUGGAAUGUCUGGAGAAAAAGGUAGAGACAUACACAACAGAAAACAAUGAACUCUGGAAAAAAGUGGAGACCUUAGAAAAUGCAAACAGGACUCUGCUCCAGCAGUUACAGAAGCUUCAGGCUCUGGUAGCUGGGAAAGUCUCCAGACCUUAUAAAAUGGCUUCUACGCAGACUGGGACCUGUCUAAUGGUGCUGGCACUCUGCUUUGUUCUCAUCCUGGGAUCCCUGAUGCCCUGUCUCCCUGAAUUCUCUUCAGCAUCACAGACAGUGAAAGCAACACCAGCGCCAGACAUUUACACAACUAGUAAGAUUCAGUCACGGAGCCUCCUUUUCUAUGAUGAGGGUGCUGGCUCCUUAGAAGAGAGCUAUAGCUCCUUCCUAACCAUGGACCAUCCUGAGGGGUGGGAGGCCAAAAAAAGGCAGUCUGAGGAGGGAAGGCCUCAUCUGGCCAGGACACAUGAGACAGCUAAAUAUUUGAGCAAAACACAGGAGGGUCCUGACCAGAACCGAACGGACCCAAGUCUCAGCCACCUCAAAGAGCAAUUCCGUGAGAGGGAGACAAGCUCCAGUGAGACAACUGAAUUCUUGUAGCAGCUGCUGGACCUCAAGGCCUCAUCUGUCUGAUUGCAGGAUUCCCUCCUCACCAAGCAACUGAGGGGACUUGGCAGGAGAGGAUGCUGCAUUUAGACACCCCUAAACUGGCCUUGGGUUCAGCUCCUCCCCUUCCCCAUUGUCCCCAUUAGUGCUGAUCUCUCUGAGGGGAGUCACGGGACUGCCAGAAACCAGCAAUAAGUGUCUGGAGAAGCCCUGAGACUCCCUUUUCUCUGGCCUUACCUCCUGCUUAAAUGAGCACUACCCUAUGGAUGUGGGCUCACCUUGGAGAGGAGGGAGAUCAGAGGAAGCCCACAAACUAUUCAGCUCACUCCCCAAAGCCUCCAGACCAAGGGGGCUGUCCCUAUAUGUGUACCCCUUGGCUACAUCAGAUGCACCUGAAGGAGAGAGAAAGUGCUGGAUUUACUGUCCUGCCUGAGGGUUUUAGGAGUGGGUGAUGCUGGUGCUGGAGAGAUGGCUCUGGAGAGUUUGAGCUCAUUCCUUGCCCUCCAUAUGUUAGUAUAUUUCUGCUUCCAUUGAGAGAAAACCUAGUUCUUCCUUGCUCUAGUUUUCUCUUGAUGGACAUGCCUACAUAACUUCAACACCAACUAUCUGCAAAGAUCUGCACACAAACGGAGUGGGGGAGAGAGAUCCCAGACAGAUAAAUCACCAUAAACAUUAGCCAGCAGCUUCUGGGUAACCAGAGCUCUGAAAGACAGAACAACUUUCCCUCACAACCCACUUCUCCACAUCCUUAGCACCCCUGUUUUGUCAGGGGUGGUAUUUUUCUUUCUGUUCCCAGCUUGGGCCCUACAGUGCAGUGCUAACCAGAUCAGUGGUCUUCUCACUUUCCAUUCUGCUGGCCUUCUCCUUUGAGAGUGAGUGAGAAAAACACAUUCCCAUAACCUAAUCCCCAUCCCAGCUCUCCAUCCCCGAUUCUGCUUCAUGCCUAAUAGGGUCUCCCUAGGGACCACGAAGGAGAGCUCUACAACCCAUUGGAGGGCUGUCAGAUUAGCCAUCAUUCCCCUCACAUCCUCUUUGUGCACAAGUGUUGUGAAAGCCACUGAGGACAUACUGGCAUUUCUGGAGACAGGUACAUCUAUCAGGAAAGAGGUGGUAUGUUGGAAUUGGCCAGGGUCACCAAAGACAGUUUUGGACCUCCUCUUUCUAAAUGCUGACAGCAAAGAUAGCAAACUCAUGCCAUACCACCUCUCAGGCCAGACUUGCCAAGUUUGGUGUUGAAGUGACAUCAUCUCAAGCCUAUGCCAUCCUCUUUAGCACCAGACAGACACCCAUUUCUGACUCUUCUUCCUCUCCAGCAAAAGUCCUGCAAAAAGGCGGAAGUGUCUCCUCACUCCAUUCCCUCAGCUGCCAUUUGAUGAACGGACAAUGUGGGACACGAGUGUUGGAGAUCUGGGAUGUGGCAGGUUGCCCCAUGUGUAACACAGGAGUCCCUGUGUACUCUGCCAGAUCUCACAGCAGGCUCCAAUUCUGCUUGUUUUUCAUCAAGCACCCUGGACUCACUCUGCACUGCCCCAGCCUCUCCUCUUCCCCCAGGCUUGGAGUGGAGAAGGCUCCCUAUAGAGGAAGGAUGGGAUAGCUCUUGCUCAAGGACUGAGAGAGGUGAGGGAAGGGCCCUCACAUCCUUCUUUUCUCCCUAUUGAAAAUUGGUUUUGCCCCUCCAAGUCAUUUAGGAAAACGUGGACACAGCUGGCUGCAAUCAUGCAUGCGUGGCCAGUGGGGUGACGAAGAGGAAGGCUUUCAGCAUUGCUCUGCUCUCCCCACGGGACCUGCUGGUCACCAGAUACCACUGCAUUCCCCAUCCUCCACCUCCACCCCAGCACAAAGAACCACUGCCGGGUCCAAGCACACCCUCCUCCACCCAACACUUCACUGAGCAUGUCCCCGUGCCUCCCACUCCCACCGUUGUACAGAGAUCAAGAGCAGAACUCGUUUGUACAUAAUGAAACUUAUUUUGUAUUAUUGCCAAUCCCUUAAGAUAUUGUAUUUUGGAGACUCUCAGAUCCUAUUUUCAGUAUUGUAUUUUAUUAAGAAUUAGUGCGGGCUUGGCAUCUGUGAACUUCUUUCUUGUAGCAGCUCACUUUCCACUUAUACUCCAGCAGCUGCUUCUUCCCUCUUAGUUUUUUUUUGUGGUAUUUGUUUUGUUUUGUUUUCAAGCCACUCUUUCUCCUUCUUCUAUCACUUGCUCUGCAUUUGCUUUAUGAAGCAAAAUAAAAAUAAAAUAAAAAGAUGCAGCA